AUGGCGAGAAUGGCGAUGGGCGUGGGUCGAGAUGGUGUCGACGAGGACAAGUACGUGGGACGUCGCUGCGGAAAUCCGCACCCAGAGACGACGGGGAAUGUGGAGUACAUAUAUUACGACGGAAAAUUGCCAGCACCCGUUGGAGGGACCGCGAUUUUCACGUGCGGCGAAGGACAGGUUUUCGGCGACGGAGCCCCGAGGCACAACGCUAUUUGCUACGGUGGGGACACUUGGAUACUUUCGUUUUCCACGCUCCCAGAAUGCCUCGGCGAACUUGGUGGCGAUCCCGAAGGCGAAUAUGGUGGCGAUCCUAAAGACGAAUAUGGUGGCGAUCCUAAAGACGAAUAUGGUGGCGAUCCUAAAGACGAAUAUGGUGGCGAUCCUAAAGACGAAUAUGGUGGCGGUGAAGAGUAUGGGGCAUAUGAAUAA